GCGCAUGCGUCCUUCAGUCCGUCACUCGGAGGAUCCCCUCAGGCAGCUCGGAGCUCAGGUGGAAUAAAAACUGUCCUCCUGCUGUUGUAAAGGGAAACUGAGCGCUGCUGCUCGGGAGGCUGAAGAAGAACAUCUCCAGGAGAACAGAGGGAUCCUCAUCAGAGGGCGGGAACACGGCGCUAACCGGGCUAGCCGUUAGCAGCAGCAGUCCGUUUAAACGUGCUGUUUUAUCAGAGUCCGAAUCAUGGCGGUCCAGGUGUCCGAGUCCGACCAGAUCAAACAGUUUAAGGAGUUUCUGGGGACGUACAACAAGGUGACGGAGAACUGCUUCAUGGACUGCGUCCGAGACUUCACCACGAGAGACGUGAAGCCCGAGGAGCUGGCAGGGGGCACUGUCGACCUGUACACCUGCAUGCAGGUACACAGACGAUCUACAUGA